AUUGUUCUAUCUGCGUUAUUAUUAUUAUUUUGUACUACUUCCGGGUUUCGUGUUUCAAUAGAAACCGCUUCCUGUUCGUCCACACGAUAUUGUGUUACUGUUAAAUCGACUAUGUAUAUUUUACUAAACCACCAACCAACUAAAUGUUAACACUACAAAUGACUGCUAGAAUUUGAGGCGAAUCGUGUUCUCCUCAUUGGAAGUCGCAGCUGCAGGUUUCAAAUCAACUUUGGGUUUUAAACAGCUAUACUGAUAACAGCGCUCCCCAUGUAAGACUCAAGUUACUUUGAAAGCUACUGCCACGUUAUAUUGACAGGACUUUUCUUAAGGACUCUGUGUAAUGAAGAAGCGAGGGAGACGAGCGCGGCUAACCGAUGUGGCAGCAGGACAGAGAAGCCAGACUCAGUCAGUGGCUGGGGUCAAGAAACCUGCUGGGCGACGAGAAAGACAAAAGAAUGCUGUGAAAACAACUCCACCAUCAGUUGCAUGUGAUGGAGGUUUCGAGGAUGUUGGUCCAAGUGACAGAUCUGCAAGAUUACAAUUGAGCACAACCGUGUCAGUUGUGGAGAUAGAAGGGGAGGAGCAUCCAGAGAAUAGAUCAAAGAAAUCAGGUAUGGGCAGACUCAGCACUGCAUUCUGUCGACUCUGUCAUGGAAAGUUCUCACCUCGGAGGUUGCGGCAUGCCUUUGACAAGUGGCCAGGAGAGCUGGAGGGGGUCCCUGACCAGACAGAGCCAGCCCAGUCGCCCCUGCUUUUCUACACAGACUUUCAGCGUCUAGUGGGAGUGCCACUGAACCGUGACCCACGUCUCUCACAAUUCAUCUGCAAGAACUGCCACACAAAAUUCUACAAGUGCCACACUAUCCUGCUCACAUUUCUGCAGAGGGUAAACCUCUUGCCAUCUGUGAAUGUGCCCACCAGAGACAGGAAAAGUUCAGAGUGCUCUCAAUCAACAGUGCGUCCCAGCUUGUUGUCCAUCCCAACCAUCCCCUCCGAUCCCAAGUGUCUCCACAGCCUGGUGUCCUGGGCCCACCACCAUGCAGGAGACUGCCGCUCCUGCCCUGACCUGAAAGAAGUGCUGGAGGGGCAGUGCUGGGGCUCAGUAAGGGCUGUCUGGGAGUGUGUGGCUGGACAUAGUUACAUGAUGGACACACAGACCAGAGCAAAUCCUGGACACACUGGGUGCGAUCCCCUACUGGAAGCUGAGGAGCAGCCCAGAGGGAACCGAAACCCUGUCAACACCACCAUGCCCCGGGCCAGUCAAGGUGCUACCCCACAGACUCAGAGUUCCAUCAACACUGAUGCUACUACCACCAGUGCAGAUGAAUUGCUCUUUGCUAAGGAGACACCGUGCCCUGCACCUGCCCCACUCAUGGACAGGACAGGUGACAUUGACCUAUAUGACCGGAACAUGUCCAGUGAGGAUGAGUUGGAAGAUAAAAGGAAAAGUGGAUCCUCUGAUGAAUUAUUUGAACCAUACCCAGAAAAGAAAGUUGCCUCCCCGAAGAAGAGAACCAGAAGAAAAGAAGCAAAAACUCCCAAGGAGCCUAAAGUUAGAAAGAAGCCAGGACCCAAGCCUGGCUGGAAGAAGCCAAUCAAGUCAGAAAGAGAGGAGCUGCCCAAUAUCUACAAAUGUCCAUACCAAGGCUGCUCAGCUGUGUACCGAGGAGCAGACGGCAUGAAGAAACACAUUAAGGAGCACCAUGAAGAGAUCCGUGAGCGACCCUGCCCUCACCCUGGCUGCAACAAGGUCUUCAUGAUUGACCGCUACCUGCAGCGACACGUGAAACUAAUCCACACAGAGGUGAGGAACUACAUCUGUGACCAGUGUGGUCAGACCUUCAAGCAGAGGAAGCACCUGUCUGUGCACCAGAUGCGCCACUCAGGGGUCAAGCCACUACAGUGCGAAGUGUGUGGUUUCCAGUGCCGCCAGAGAGCAUCGCUAAAGUACCACAUGACUAAACACAAGGCAGAAGCUGAUCUGGAAUUUGCAUGCAAACUGUGUGGAAAGCGCUUUGAGAAGGCCCACAACCUCAACGUCCACAUGUCCAUGGUGCAUCCCCUCACACUAGCAGCUGCUGGAGGAAACAUCGACAGCCCCUCCAACCCUGCUAUCACCAACAUAGAGACCAUCACAGAGACUGGGGCACUGAACCCUUACACCAGUUGACCGACUUGAUUAGGCCUGUGACCCUCAAGGAGAUAUAACAACCACAAAGUCUAACAGGGCUAGGGAACUAGAUUCAGCUGCAGGACGAUUUCUGUUUGAGCGGAUGGUCAGAGAGCCAGUACAUAAUUAUAACUUUGUACAACUGCAAAUGGACCACAACUAAGGCAAAGAAAUCACUUGCGGGAUGUUUUUGGCCCGCCAGCCGCCUGUUGUUGACCCCUGGUCUACAAAGGAGUCUGGUGUAAAAUGGUCAUGGCUAAUGUGACUAAUUAACUUGAGGUAGAGAAUAAGGUUAAUAAGUUAUUUGUGCACUAUGUAUUGAUGACUGUACGUCUAAAAGGAGCACAGCUAGCGGAUCCUCUUUCAAAGCCAGGUAAGCUGUGUGAUACUUAUUUUAGUGUUGUACUGCUCUAUAAUUAUAUCCUUAAGGCAACAUUAUCAUGUAGCUAGCCAAGUAUAUUCUUCAUGGGAGGACAAAGACCAAGUUUUCAAACUCCCCCAUACAUAUAUUGUUCAUCAAGGAAGCCAAACGUCAGUAACAGUCACGGGUGUGCCUGUAGCCCCAUAUAUUUCUCUCACACACACACAGUCCAUUCUGAAAGUAUUCAGACCCCUUCUCUACAUUUUGUUACUUUACAGCCUUAUUCUAAAAUGUAUUAAAUAAAUACAAAUCCUCAAUCUACACACAAUACCCCAUAAUGACAAAGCGAAAAAAGUUUUUUUUAAAUGUUUAUUAUUUUUAUAUAUAUAUAUAUAUAUACAUACAUAGAUAGGUAUUCAGGCCCUUUGCUAUGAGACUCAAAAUUGAGCUCGGGUGCAUCUUGUUUCCAUUGAUCAUCCUUGAGAUAUUUCUACAACUAGGUUGAAGGAAUUGUCUGUAGACCUCUGAGACAGGAUUUUGUCGAGAGACUGAUCUGGGGAACGGUACCAAAACAUUUCUGCAGCAUUGAUGGUCCCCAAGAACACAGUGGCCUCCGUCAUUUGUAGAUGGAAGAAGUUUUGCCCAGCCAAACUGAGCAAUUUGGGGAGAAGGGCCUUGGUCAGUGAGGUGACCAAGAACCUGCUGGUCACUGACAGAGCUCCAGAGUUCCUCUGUGUAGAUUGGAGAAGCUUCCAGAAGGACAACCAUCUCUGCAGAACUCCACCAAUUAGGCCUUUAUGGUAGAGUGGCCAGAUGGAAGCCACUCCUCAGUAAAAGACACAUGAGAGCCCGCUUGUAGUUUGCCAAAAGGCACCUAAAGACUCUCAGACUAUGAGAAACAACAUGUUCUGGUCUGAUGAAACCAAGAUUGAAUUCUUUGACCUGAAUGUCAAGUCUGGAGGAAACCUGGCACCAUCCCUACGGUGAAGCAUGGUGGUGGCAGAUUCAUGCUGUGAGCAUAUUUUUUAGCGGCUGAACUGGGAGACUAGUCAGGAUCGAGGGAAAGAUGAACGGAGCAAAGUACAGAGAUCCUUGAUGAAAACCUGCUCCAGAGCGCUCAGGACCUCAGACUGGGAUGAAGGUUCAGCUUUCAACAGGACAACGACCCUACGCACACAGCCAGGACCGGACUUGAACCUGAUCGAACAUCUCUGUAGAGACUUGAAACUAGAUGUGCAGUGACGCUCCCCAUCCAACCCGACAGAGCUUGAGAGGAUCUGCAGAGAAGAAUGGGAGAAACUCCCCAAAUACAGGUGUGUCAAGCUUGUAGCGUCAUACCCAAGAAAAUUUGAGACUGUAAUCGCUGCCAAAGGUGCUUCAACAACGUACUGAGUAAAGGGUCUGAAUACCUAUGUAAACGUGAUAAAUAUUUUUUGCUUUGUCGUUGUGGGGUAUUGUGUGUAGAUUGAAGGGGGGAAACUAUUUAAUCCAUUUUAGAAUAAGGCUAACGUAACAAAAUAUGAAAAAGGUCAAGGUGUCUGAAUACUUUCCUAACGCAGAGGAAGUCCAACUCUUGGCUGAGGCUGGAAGGGCUGAGUUGAAAGAUCAGAGCUGCUUCCAGGUCAACACAUAAGACCUCCAGCUAAGGAACAGGGGAGAGAGAGAGAGAGAGGGUCACUCAAUAGGGUAUUAUGUGGGUCAAAGAAAGUACAAUGGUAUAUCAAUCUGCCAUGUUUUGAGAGCCAUUGGUAAAAAGCAGUCUGACAUGUGGUGAAGCCCAGAAAGUUAUCAUAGGCUGUAUUUGUGUAAUGUUUGAUGUUUGUGAAAUCCUAAUAAAUGUAUCAUUAUGUCAUA